CAGCAGCGACAGCAGCAACAAAAUAAAUUGAAAUAGCGCAUGGACGAAACUUUUAGUAUUGAGUUAGUUGUCGAACUGGACACAUCUACUACGGAGCACUGUAUUUUGACUUGUUUAGUGUGAAUGAACAUCAAGAUGAAUUCAAAAAUUGUGUUGAUCGUUGGUUGUUUUGUUUUAAUCGCAAUUUUGGGUGAUAAAACCGCAGCCGCUAAUAAAGUAUUGCCGAAAAUAUAUGAAGAAAUCGGUUGUAAAGAAAUUGACGGAUCGAGCAGUGUUAUUAGUGCCACAAGAUUUGAAUGCCCAGAUGUUACAUCGUACGCAACCGACAAAUGCUAUUUGAAAGGACAAACAUUCAACAUGGGUGAUGAUGUACCGGCAGACAUUGUACCAGAUUGCAGAGCAGCCUGCAAAUGUGUGAAAAAUGGGGAUGAAGCGGCAAGUGUUGUGUGCGCCAAUGUUGAAUGCCCGGAACAUUUCGGUGGUAGAAAUUGGUCUUGCAUAUCACAAUACAAUAAUGUUCAUCAAUGUUGCCGAGUUGGCGAAAUUUGCGACGAAGCCCGAAUUACUUCAAUGAAUACAUGUGAAGUGGAUGGAAGAUCUUAUCGCGUCGGCGAACAAAUCUACCCUGAUGAUGAUUCGUGCUAUAAAUGUUUUUGUGCUGAGAAUUUCAAUAAUAACACUUCAUUUGCCGAUAAUCCCAACUGUGUGAAGAUCAACUGUGGUAUCGAACUCAAAUUGACAGAAAUCAAAGCCGGCUGUGUUCCAGUCUACUACAAAACACCAACCUGCUGCCCAAUCGAAUAUAAGUGCCCUUCAAAAGAUGAUACCAUCGAAACGACGACCACCGCCGACGCAACGGCGAAUUGCAAAUUUGGUGAUCUUACAUUGAAACACGGUGAAAAACUUAAAAGUGUAGACAAGUGUUUGAAGUGCGAAUGUUCAACGCCACCGUACAUAACGUGCAUCAAGACCAACGAUUGCUAAUUUAUUCAUAAGAACCAACCAAUGGAAUGAUGGAAUAGAACCAGUAGAAGAACUUGACGUAAACGAAAGAGUAGCAUAGAAACAACUGUAUAGCAUAGAUUUUGAAUGGCAUUAAAUUGAAAAUGUUUGGAACCAUACUCCAUUACAAUCAAUUUUUAACCCACAAA